CUGGCCGGAAAAAUUAGAGCCGGAAAAAUCUGACCCUAAAUUGUUAUUUUUUGCCGGAUUUUAGUGUGGUUUGUUUGUAAGUUAUAUAUAAAAAGUUGGUGAGAGCAUUAUUAGAGGGAGAAAUGUCUCAUAUAACAGUGGAGAGGAACAGGAGGAAGCAGAUGAACGAGCAUCUCAAGGUGUUACGUUCAUUGACACCUUGUUUCUACGUGAAAAGAGGAGACCAAGCGUCCAUCAUAUCAGGAGUGAUAGAAUUCAUUAAGGAACUGCACGAGGUUUUACAAUCUCUAGAAGCAAAAAAGAGGAGGAAGAGCUUGAGUCCGAGCCCAGGCCCAAGCCCGACUCCGAGCCCACGUUUGGCUGCCUCUAACAAUGAAAUUGGAUUUGAUAAUGUGAGUGGGCUUGUGGGGUCAUGUAACUCUUCAGUGGCUGACGUUGAGGCCAAGAUAUCAGGGUCCAAUGUUGUGUUGAGAACGGUUUCAAGAAGGAUCCCCGGGCAGGUUGUGAAGAUAAUAAGGGUCCUAGAGACCCUUUCAUUCGAAAUACUUCAUCUCAAUAUAAGUAGCAUGGAUGACACGGUGCUCUACAUCUUUACAAUCAAGAAUUUGCAAUACAAGAAAUAGAGAUGAAGGAGAGAAAAGAAUAAUCAUCAAGAUAUAUAUAUGGUUCGGCAAUGGUGUCUACAUCCAUAGAGGGUAAACCAGUAUCUCAUUCAUGGAGAUUACUCUAGUUUAUCAGAGAUUUAUAGAGUUAAAACUUUUGCCUUUUGGGAAAGGCAACAUCCCAUUACAAUUGCAAUCUCACAAAAUAAAA